UUUAUUUUUUAUUCUACCACACAAACACAAAAUGAAAAACACUUUUAUCGAGUGACAGCCAACAAAGAUACACUUUCUCUCUCUGUAAAAAGAGAAACUUCCUCUAAAAGGAGAAGAGCCAUUUUAGAUAAGAGAAGUUGAUAUGCAAACGCUUGCUAAGGCUUCAUCUGCUAUGGCCUCCUUUCCUUGUUCUAAGGUGAGGAGUGGGCUCUGUGUGUGGCCAAGCAUGAGGCAACUUUGCAUAAGAAAAGGUCUUGUGUAUGGCUUUAUGCGGUUAUUAUCAACACCCUUCAAAACCUUGCGUGGAGCAAGUCGGUCUCUUAGAGUUGCAGAGUUUUGCAGUGUGUCUAACUUGUCUUCCUCAUUACAAAUUGAAUUGGUACCGUGUCUCAGAGACAAUUAUGCAUAUCUUUUACAUGAUGUGGACACAGGCACAGUUGGAGUUGUUGAUCCUUCAGAAGCUGUGCCAAUUAUUGAUGCUUUGAGUCGGAAAAACCGGAAUUUGACUUAUAUAUUGAAUACUCACCACCAUCAUGAUCACACGGGUGGGAAUGUUGAGUUAAAAGCAAGGUAUGGUGCAAAGGUGAUUGGUUCAGGAAUAGACAAGGAUAGAAUUCCUGGAAUUGAUAUUGUUCUAAAUGAUGGGGACACGUGGAUGUUUGCAGGUCAUGAGGUGCAUGUCAUCGAAACUCCUGGUCAUACCCGAGGCCAUAUUAGCUUCUACUUUCCGGGUUCUGGAGCAAUAUUUACUGGAGACACUUUGUUCAGCUUAUCAUGUGGCAAGCUUUUUGAAGGAACCCCGGAGCAGAUGCUUUCUUCCCUUCAGAGGAUCAUGUCGCUGCCUGAUGAUACAAAUAUAUAUUGUGGUCAUGAAUAUACUUUGAGUAAUUCUAAGUUUGCAUUAUCCAUAGAACCCAAGAAUGAGGUGCUUCAGGCUUAUGCAGUCCAUAUAGCUCACCUUCGCAACAAGGGAUUGCCUACGAUCCCAACCACAUUAAAGAUGGAGAAGGCAUGCAAUCCCUUCCUUCGGACAUCUAGUACAGAAAUCAGGCAGGCAUUAGAUAUUCCAGCCACCGCGAAUGAGGCAGAAGUCUUGGGUGUCAUCCGCCAAGCAAAGGAUAAUUUCUAGGAUUAGUUAUACUUGUUUUCAGUUGGUUGUGUAUAGGUGAUGAUGUUAGGACUUAAAUUUGUUAAAUAAACACUACAAAACGUUCAUCAUGUCCAUAUGCUUUUUUGAUUUUUCAAAGCUAUUUCGAAAUUUAAUUCUCCUAAGCUAAUGUGAUCAACAUAUAAUGUAUGAUUUUCUUAUUGAUCAA